GGGAGGGCAACCGCCCUGAGGCUGCUACUCUCCCUCCUGUACAGCUGGGCAGGCAAUAGGUGGAAGCCAGAUGGAGAGAGAAGCCAAGCAGGUACCACAUCUCCUGACAAUAUAUCUGGAAUAAUCCAUCUAAAAUCACAGAAAUUGAGCCCAGCUGCCUGGGUAGUGAAAUCAGAUUUCUGUUCUUGAUGGUUGACUGGGAAGUGGCCUGUGGGUGGAAGAUCCAUCGUCCAGGGAAGAGGGUGAAGUUCUCCCAUCACCUCGGAGAACUGAAUUAUACCUGCGUUUCAAUGCAGAGAAGGUGUAUUGGUGCAUGCAGGCAGUGCAUUUGGCAUGCACCUCAUCUGCACUGGGGCCAAGGCAUCUGAACAAGAGUUCCCUUCACUGCUGUUAAUGCUGAUCCUGGUGCUCCAGGCUAAGAAUUCAGCCCACGGAAAGGCAGUGCAGCCUGGAUUCAACAUAGAGAGAGGCACCGAUGAGAAAAAGAGUGAUGACUGCCCGCCCCGAAAGGAUUUCAAAUUCCCUCUAAGUGUGCAAGUUGACAUAAGCAUCAGCAGCACAAAGCAUGCUAUCAAAGUGGGCCAUGAUGUCAGUAACCGGUCUAUGUCUCCCUGGGAUUACAGCAUUAACGAAGAUCCCAACCGGUUCCCCCAAGUGAUCGCUCAGGCCAAGUGCCGCCAUUACAGCUGUGUGGACUCCACCGGACAGGAGGACUACAGCAUGAAUUCCAUCCCCAUCCAACACGAGAUCCUUGUUCUCCAACGGGAGCAGAGAGGCUGCCAGCACGCUUACCGGCUGGAGAAACAGCUGGUCACCGUGGGCUGCACCUGUGCCAGGCCCAUCAUCCACUACCUGCAGUAAGAGAAGCCAGAAGAUCAGAAGAAGGAAACCACAUGGAGAACCAGCCAUGGGCCUCAGAUUUAACAAAUGGCCUGAUCCAACUCCCACUGAAAAGAGUUGGAGUCUUCCCACUGAUUUCACUGGAAUUGGGCCAGGCCAUAAUCAAUAGCCAGUUUCAAAGACAGCUGGCCAAAAAAGAGGGGAGAAAUACACAAUUUUUUAAAAAAAUUUCCCCCAGAUUUUGAAAUUCUGAAACCAGAUCCGUAAGUGCAAGAUAAAAGGGUGAAAACUUUCAUAAUUUGAUAUCAACCUUUUCCCCCAAUUGUUUGUUGUUUUUUAUUUCAAAAUUCAAACCAUUUUGACCAGCUCUAGAGUCAAUCAAAGCCUUGGGGAAAUCAACCUUAAUCGGACUCUAAAAUCCAGAGGCUUUUUUAAGUGCUCAUAAAAGUAAAUUAUUAUAUUUGUAACAGCACAAGACUUUAAAAAAAGCAAAAAUGUAGUUUUCUUUCUUUUUCUGCAAAUGGAUAUGGAACAUAAAACCAAAUUUGCAGUAAUUUAACUAUCUAUGUAAAUCCCCAGGAAA